UUCAGAGAAGAAGAAACUUACCCCCCUUUUGCAAUAUGUCACAGGAAGUGCUGUUUCCUAUUUUCAGCUAUAUGUUUGCUCACAAAGAAGAACCCACUGUUAGACCAGCUUGAUGAAACAGGCUGUGCACCGAUUCCAUUCCAGAGCUAUCUGAAACCAGCACACUUCCACUGCCUCCACCUGCCCUAGGCUCUGUAAAAGACCCAGUGUUUGCCAUUUUAACCCAGAUCAACACUUCCCACUUUCCACUCUUCCACACCCACAAUAGCACAAGUGGACCAAUACACCAUGGGAAAUGAAACCACAGGCUUCACUGACUGGCCACUAACAACAGAGUUUGACUACGGUGAUUCAACACCUUGCAUCGGAACUGAGGAAAAGCACUUUGCAGCCAAAUUUUUGCCCCCUCUUUAUUCUUUAGUGGUGAUAUUUGGCCUGACAGGCAACAUGCUUGUUGUCCUUAUCCUGGUCAAAUACAAGAGGCUGAAGAGUAUGACUGACAUCUACCUCCUCAACUUGGCCAUUUCUGAUUUGCUGUUUGUAUUUUCUCUCCCAUUUUGGGCUUAUUAUGCAGCUCACGACUGGAUUUUUGGGGAGGCGCUCUGUCGAAUUCUGUCAGGUGUCUACCUCCUUGGCUUCUACAGCGGCAUCUUUUUCAUAAUCCUGUUGACCCUGGACAGGUACCUGGCCAUAGUGCACGCUGUGUUUGCUUUGAAAGCCAGGACGGUUACCUACGGCAUCCUUGCCAGCGUUGCCACUUGGGCUGUUGCUGUUCUUAUUUCUGUCCCAGGGGUAGUAUUUCACAAAACUCAGAAGGAAAGUUCAGGCUAUACUUGCAGUGCUCAUUAUCCAAGUGAUUCCCCAAUAGAUUGGAAGUACUCUUAUAUUUUAAAGAUGAACAUUCUGGGACUUUUUGUUCCAAUGCUCAUUAUGAUUUUCAGUUACUCACAAAUUCUAAAAACACUACUGAGAUCUAAGAAUGAGAAAAAAAAGAAGGCAGUCAGACUUAUUUUUGUAAUCAUGAUUUUUUACUUCAUCUUCUGGACGCCAUUCCAUAUUUCUUCUUUUUUGCACACUUUUCAAAAUUCACUUUUCAUCCCAGAUUGUGAACUUAAAGGUCAACUGGAGAAAGCAAUUCAAGUGACAGAAACAAUCUCAAUGAUCCAUUGUUGUAUCAAUCCUGUGAUCUAUGUAUUUGUUGGAGAAAAAUUUAGGGCAUAUCUUCAUACCUUUUUCCGAAAGCAUGUUGCACCUCACCUGUGCAAAAAAUGUCCAAGUCUUUAUCAUGAAAAAUUGGAAAGAGCCAGUUCAACAUUCACACAAUCCACUGCAGAGCAUGACAUCUCUACUGGACUGUAAAAAUACAUCAGAACAUUAGUUAGCAAGUUUUGCAUCACUUGCUUUGCCUUAAGGAGUGCCUGCCAUUAUUUAAGAUAUGUUGACCGCUAUUUUUGUGGUCACCUGCUCCCUGGGAUUACAGUGUUUUCCGCUGCUGAACUAAAAGAAUCAAGGAGUUCUCCAGGAAACAUUAGCUGCAUAGCUGAGUCACAUCAAGAUCUAAAUAGGGCCCAGACAAAUAUGAUUGUGGGCUUUUACAAAAAUCUAUGCAGUGAGAUUUACUGAGGGGAGAAUACAAUAUUGGAAAGUCUAAGGGGUAAUAGGUCAUCUCACAAGAUCUUACUGGGACCAUUUAACCCAAGAAUUUUUCUGUUUUGCUAAUAGUGCAGUAAUUUUUAAACAGGAUCCUUUAACAGCUAUAACUAAAUUAUAGCAUUUUGAUUUUUGCUUUUUAAUUUUAUCUCUGCCAUAUCACCAUUCAGUUGCUGAUUUUUCCCGAAGUCUACUUUUAAUCAGCAACACUGUGAUUUCUGUGGGUGCAAUUUUUCAAGCAACUGCACACACCAAGUUUACUGAGUGCACAAGACAACGAUGCACUCCUAAAAAGUGUGAGCUUGAUUCCAACAAGUCAUAUCCCUCUAAGAAUAAAAAACCACUAAACCAAUAAAGGUCCUUCAGCAAAGAUCUGCAAGACUAGAAUGAAAAUUGCCUUGGUAUUUGCUAUGCAAGUUUCUGUAUGAGAAGAAUUUCAGGACCCUCUGAAGGAUGUGAGCACAGUACUGAGAGCAGGCUUCCCUAGUUCUGGAUAGGUAAAUCGUGUGUAGAAGAAGAGUUUGCACGGCAACACAUGACACUGGUGUGUCAGCUUAGGCUCCUGCAUGGGAAAAACAUGUUCUUCACACACACAGAAAGUCUGACUGUUGGGAUACACUUUUAAGAAGACAGUGGCCUUGGAAUGGCAAAAUCAGCAAACCUUCCUGCCUUCCCAGGAGAAGAGUGACUCUAGCCAGCUGGUGCCUCCAUGAGAACUGCCUGCUGAUUGAAGACUCAGGACCAUUGGCCUACUGGUGUACUACGGCCAUACAUUUAUUCCACUACUAAGAAUUUCCCUGUAAAAGAAAGGGAUUCUAGGGACACGGGGUUAGCAAAGAAGAGGAAGGAGGAGCAUAGCAGACCGUUUCCUACUUCCAACUGUAAAGAAGUGCAGGUGAGCACUCCUUCUGCAACUUCGCCGUCCUUCUGGUUUUUCCCCAUUUCCUUGGAAGGACACUGCUCAUGCGUGCAAGAACUUGCUCAUGGAGAUCUGCAGGGGCAGGUUCAACUAACCUCCAGCAAGGACACCAGAGGGAAUUCCACACUACUUAAUGUCAGGCAUGUGAUGCAGAUGCCUAAAUUAACAGCAAAUCUCUUCAAGGUUCUUGAGUGGUCAGUAGAGAAUAAGAAGUGCCUGAGCCAGAAGCAGUAUUGGGAUUUAAAUAGUCUCAGGGGAAGAUUAACUGUCCAAUCGUGGAAGGAACCUGAAAAUGCCAGCCUCUUAAUUUGGGUAGCAGAUGCCUUAAUCUAUGUAGUGCAAAUACCCUUCUUUCUCUUGCCUUAAAAUGCCCAGGCACUGCUUCUAUUAGUUGUUAGCUCUUAUCCCAUCAGCUGUUAUAACCUUGUGAGGUUAAUAGCCACAGACAGAUCACACAAAAGACCAAAAACUAUCCUCACAGUAAACUUUCUUGCUUAAAGAUAAUAGUUUUCCUUUCUUUUCUACUUUUUUUACUGAAACAAUGUGAAAGCAAUGUUAAAGCAUAAAGUUGUUCAGUGUAAUAGAAAUCCUGGUAUAAGUGUGAUACUUCUAUUGCUGUGUUUAAUUGUAAAUCCUUAUCUUGCUGGACUUAAAUUUCUUCCUGUUUCCAUGUCAAUGCAGUGAAAUUAAUAAAAUCAGUGUCUGGACGUCUGUGUA